GCAGCGGGGCUAUUUUCUUCAGUUACGGUGUCUGACCUAUGGAACAGACAUGAAAACACCCUAAGGUAUAUCAGCUCCAGUACCGUGGUCGCUUACCCAGUAAAGCGCCUUCUAAACUUACGUUCCAAUGUAUCGGUCCAACAAGGUCCCGCUGGGAUUCAGAGAUGAAAGCGUUAAUCUUUGCACCAUUCUCCCCCCACCUAAAAGGUCACAUCCCCUGUAGACAGCUACGUUAUAGUCCACUCUCGCGAGAGUUUGAAAAAAAGGUAAUGCUUUUAUUAACUCCGCCCCCAGCCAUGUUAGUUGCCAGGCAACGAUGCAACCAACCUGUACAGUGGUAGGAAACUUGGGGACUUGUGAUCUUUCCCUUUCACGGUUCCAUCCUCCUUCAAGAGCCUGGGUCAGGGAUUCAGAUUUGAGCCCCGCCCCCUGGAGCUGCAGGUUCACGAUUGGUCGAUGAUUCGCUUCAGACAUCUCCUGAAGAGCUGCCAUGUCUGUGGAUUUUGCAUCUUCCUCAGAACAGAACAACACCCAUGAAACCAAAACCCCAAAUCUCCGAACAGCCGAGAAGAAGUGUUCAUGGGCCUCCUAUAUGACCAACUCCCCGACUCUCAUCGUCAUGAUUGGCUUGCCAGCCCGGGGCAAAACUUAUGUGUCCAAGAAACUCACACGCUACCUCAACUGGAUUGGGGUGCCCACCAAAGUGUUUAAUCUUGGGGUGUAUCGGCGUGAAGCGGUCAAGUCCUAUAAGUCCUAUGACUUCUUCCGGCAUGACAACGAGGAGGCCAUGAAGAUCCGCAAACAGUGCGCUCUGGUGGCACUGGAGGAUGUGAAGGCGUAUCUCACUGAGGAGAGUGGGCAGAUUGCGGUGUUUGAUGCCACCAAUACCACCCGGGAGAGAAGGGACAUGAUUUUGAACUUUGCAAAGGAAAAUUCCUUCAAGGUAUUCUUUGUGGAAUCUGUCUGUGAUGACCCUGAUGUCAUUGCUGCCAACAUCCUGGAGGUAAAGGUGUCGAGCCCUGACUAUCCUGAAAGGAACAGAGAGAACGUGAUGGAGGACUUCUUGAAGAGAAUCGAGUGCUACAAAGUCACCUAUCAGCCCCUGGACCCAGACAACUAUGACAAGGAUCUUUCUUUCAUCAAGGUGAUAAAUGUAGGCCAGCGAUUUUUAGUGAACCGAGUCCAAGACUACAUCCAGAGCAAGAUAGUCUACUACCUCAUGAAUAUCCACGUCCAGCCUCGCACCAUUUACCUUUGCCGGCAUGGAGAGAGCGAGUUCAAUCUCUUGGGGAAGAUUGGGGGUGACUCUGGCCUCUCGGUGCGGGGAAAGCAGUUUGCCCAGGCUCUAAGGAAGUUUCUUGAGGAACAGGAGAUAGUGGACCUCAAAGUGUGGACGAGCCAGCUGAAGAGGACAAUCCAGACUGCUGAAUCCCUGGGGGUGACCUAUGAACAGUGGAAGAUUCUGAAUGAGAUUGAUGCUGGCGUGUGUGAGGAGAUGACCUAUGCGGAGAUUGAGGAGCAGUACCCAGAAGAGUUUGCACUUCGAGAUCAAGAGAAGUACCUCUACCGGUACCCCGGUGGGGAGUCAUACCAGGACCUGGUGCAGCGGCUAGAGCCUGUCAUCAUGGAGCUGGAGCGUCAGGGCAAUGUCCUCGUCAUCUCCCACCAGGCUGUCAUGCGCUGCCUCCUGGCCUACUUCUUGGAUAAGAGUGCAGAUGAGCUACCAUACUUGAGGUGCCCUCUCCAUACCAUCUUCAAACUUACUCCAGUGGCCUAUGGAUGCAAAGUGGAAACAGUUACACUUGAUGUGGAGGCUGUGAACACUCACCGCGACAAGCCGACUAACAACUUUCCCAAGAACCAAACCCCUGUAAGGAUGAGAAGGAACAGCUUUACGCCUCUGUCCAGUUCGGAUACAGUAAGGCGCCCGAGAAAUUACAGUGUUGGGAGCCGACCCCUCAAGCCCCUCAGCCCUCUCCAUGCCCGGGACAUGCAAGAAGGGGCCGACCAGCCGAAGACCCAAGUCAGCAUUCCGGUGGUGUAACUGUGUGUUUCCCUCCAGCCCUGGCCUCCUGCCCUCCUCACUAAUCACCAAGGAACCAUUUAACUUCCAACUCCCCAACCCUACCCCAUCAUUAAUCGUAACACAGAACAUGAGGCUGUGUGUUUUCAGACCAGCUAUAGUAGUCUUCAGUUUGAAACAUCUCCCUAUUCGGAGGCAAGUUGGGUCUUUUAGGACAGGUCCUCAGAUGGGGUGGCGUGGCAGAGGAGGAAAAGGGAUACACUCUUGUGGGGUGAUUGGCACAGCUGGGGUGAGGCUAAGCAUGCCCCAUGCACCUGGUUCUUCUUUCAUUCCCUGGUGCCUAAACUCAUAAUGUCAUUUGUGUUGGUGAAGAGGGAGUGGGAUGGAGGAGCCCCACACAAGCUCAUUGUUUCUUCACUUUUGUUUGUCUCUUGAAUGUGUGUUUUACUCUGUCCUUACUUGCCUGCUUUCUUCCCCCUCAUUCAUCUGCCCUUCGGAUUGCCCAGUGUCAUGCAUGACAUUGUGGUCUCUGUCUAGGAAGGAAGGGUGGUAGGCGAGAGAAAAGUCUAGGCUCGAGGAGUACUCUCUGCAGUGCACUGGGGGAGUAUUUUCUUUCCCUUCUUUACUCUUCCUGAGCCAGAUCCUGCAAGGGUCAUUCCAGGCUACAUCCACAGAAUGCUUUAGAGUGUGCACGUGGACUUAGGGUGAGAGUUCUUGCCUCCUUUCAUGAGAAACAACCCUAAGUCUUCCCUUCUGGGUGAAGCUGGCUCUGAGUAUGUGGGAAGUAUCUUGGCUUGUAUUUUUAACUGGAAGAACCUGACAUAAGGUCUUCUGGUUGCUGUGGAGUGGGGUUAGGAGAGUAUGGUGGUCUCUCUCUCUCUUGCAAGGGUCUUGUAGGGCAGUUGGAUCUUUUCUCCAGUGAUUCCCAGGUUUUUUGCCAACCACAGCAACUUUCCUGCCAAAGCCAGUGACCUCUGGACUAUUAGAAGGAUAGAGUUAGAUUCAGGAGUCGCCACUGAUGUUUGAAUUGCCUGAGGCGAAAGGCAGAGAAGAGUUCACUAAAGCUAUUAUUUUUGAGUUACCUUCAGCAUAUUCUCCUUCUUAAGUAAAAUUAAAAAGAGAAAAAAGAAUUGCACAAGCGAUCUCUCUCACUGGGGUAUUCUUUCUUUUAUUCACCGGGAAAAACUACCCCAUCUUGAGGUCUGGAAGAAUCCUUGGGACUCUUUGGGGUCUAGCUUUUGACUGUAUUUAUUUCCCCCUCUCUUAGCCUAAUUUAUUCACUUCGAUCAUUUUAUUUUCUUUGUGGGGUUAAACAGGAAAUAUAUAGAGCGGAGAUUCUUAACCCCCGGGUGAUCUGUGCUGGCUCAGACCUUCCCCCCUCUGCUUUGUAUGCAAAAUAUAUGAAUUUUUCUGGGGAGCAAUAUAUGAUUUUUCUGGGGAGCAAUUCUAGAGUUCUCAUGAGAUUUUUUAAAAGACAUGGGUGACUCCCCUACCCUGAAGUUAUAAACUUAUUUUUUAGAGGUAAGCAGAGAGAGCAAGUUUGCUGUUUUUCUGAAGGUCGUUUUGUUUUGGUUUUUGUUUGGUAAUAGAGGACCUCCUGGAGUAGUUGUUAGAAUCCCCUUUAGAACUCUGGAAACAGGCACAGUUUGGGUCCACCUGAGACUUGGCACUAACUCAGAAUCUGGAGUGGUGUGGCCUGCACUGGUAUGUAAGUAGCUUCCUUGGUGAUUCUGACUCACACCCCAGGUUAAGACUUCCACUUUAUGAGGGCGCAUGCAGCAGUACUGGGCUUGUAGUUCUUGGACAAGGCAUCAACUUAGGAAUUCUGAAUUCUUUGAGGCUCUAAAAGGACAGCUCUCUUGAAUUAGAUGUUUGGACAAAGCACGAUAUUAAAUAAUUCCUUAGAAGGCAGACUGCUGUGUUUUAGAAGAAUAUUCUAGGUUCUCAUAUCAUGUUUAACCUUUAUAUUGCAGUGUGAUGUGGAACAAAUUGCUAAAUUCAAUAAAUGUCCUUGAUAAUAGCCGGGGAUUUUAAGCAGCCUGGAGAGAGGCACUAGGGUGAAGCCUGUAGGAUGAGAAAGGUCCUCAUCUCAGGCAGCUGGCUCCUGACCUUGAGUCCUUCACUCUUAUACCCUGAGUAGAACACCACAACCACUUUCCAAAGGUUGCUCACCUAGAUCCUGUUUGGUCAAUUGGUCCAAGACUUAAAGUAACCUGGUGUUUCUGUUUAGCCAUUAUAAAUGGUGUACUUAGUGUCUGUGUUUGUUGGACUUAGAGCUCGGUGAGGACGCUCGUGGGGAAGGAUACAAAGGAGUGGAAGAAAAGGUUCUUUCCCUCUGGGAGGAUAUUUUAUUGACAAGGCAUGUAAUUUAUAAAAAAUGGACAUACGCAAAAGGGCAGCAUGUUGAGCCUGUUAAGUGCUGUCAUUAGAGUGGAGCACAGAUUGCUUCUCCUGACUUUUCUCAUGUCUUGUGGCUGCGAGCUGCAUGAGUUGGGAGAUGGGAAUGGGACAGAUGGGAUCCUGUGCCAGAAAGAGAUGUGUGGGGUCGGGGAUAUAUGCAGCACUUUUCAUUUAAGGUUACCUUGACUAGGUUCGCUUGGCUAGUGACAUCUUUAGCCGAAGUGGGUAUAGUGCUGUGAGAUGAGAGAUAUUGAGUGUUAAUCAAAGAGAAGAGGGAGCACCCUGAUCCACAGAUUUUGGAUUUGGGCUGUACCUACUCUUAGUGAGGAGAAUUCUCAAACUAGCAUUGUGUUACCUUGUUAUAAACCCUGGCAUUGGAGGCAGCUCACUGGGAUGUUGAUGUUGGCUCUCAGCCUGAUAGUUACUUCUUCACACUUCCCCUGUACUAGUUUGCAUCCCCCCAAAAAGGCACCUCACAUAGUUUUAUUAUCCUUAGAUGCUGUUGUUUUUAUUGUUGGGUGCCUUUGAGUCAUUUCUGACCCACAGCAACCCCACGUGACAAAGUAGAACUGCCCUGUAGGGUUUUCUUGACUGUAAUCUUUACAGAUCACCAGGUCUGUCUCCUGUAGAGCCUCUGGGUAAAUUCAAACCACCAACCUUUCAGUUAGCAGCUGAGCGCUUAACCCUUGCACCACUGGCCUUGAGAAAUUGGAACCUGACGACAGCAAGAGUUUCAGCAUCCUUCAGUUUUUAGAGUGAGAUCCCUUCAGAGAAGGUUCAGCAGGAAGAAGCCAGGAGAAUACAGAACUGAGUAGAAUUUUUACUCCAAAUCCUAGUUGUUGUUGUUGUUGGGUGCCAUUGAGUCCGUUCUGACUCAUAGCAACCCUUUGUACAACAGAAUAAAACACUACCUGGUCCUGUGCCAUCCUCAAAAUUGUUGUUACGCUUGAGCUUGUUGUUGCAGCCACUGUGUCAAUUCAUCUUGUUGUGGGUCUUUUUUUCCCUGACCCUCUACUUUACCAAGAAUGAGGUCCUUCUCCAGGGACUGAUCCCUCCUGAUAAUAUGUCCAGAGUAUAUAAGAUGUAGUCUUGCCAGCCUUGCUUUUAAGAAGCAUUCUGGCUGUACUUCUUCCAAGACAAAUUUGUUCAUUCUUUUGGCAGUCUGUGGUGUAUUCCGUAUUCUUCGCCAACACCACAACUCAAAGGUGUCAGUUCUUCAGUCUUCCUUAUUCAUUGUCCAGCUUUCACAUGCAUAUGAGAGGAUUGAAAACACCAUGGCUUGGGUCAGGCGCACCUUAGUCUUCAAGGUGACAUCUUUGCUUUUUAACACUUUAAAGAAGUCUUUUGCAGAUUUGCCCAAAGCAAGUGUCUUUUGAUUUCUUGACUGCUGCUUCCAUGGGUGUUGAUUGUGGAUCCAAGUAAAAUGAAUCCUUGACAACUUCACUCUUUUCUCCAUUUAUCAUGAUGUUGUUUGUUGGUCCAGUUGUGAGGAUUUUUGUUUUAUGUUGAGGUGCAGUCCAUACUGAAGGCUGUGGUCUUUGAUCUUCAUUAGUAAGUGCUUCAAGUCCUCUUCACUUGCGGCCAGGGAGAUGUGUCAUCUGCAUAAUGAAUCUUCCUCCAAUCCUGAUGCCCUAUUCUUCUUCAUAGAGUCCAUCUUCUCAGAUUAUUUGCUCAGCAUACAGAUUGAAUAAAAUGGUGAAAGAAUACAACCCUGACACACACCUUUCCUGACUUUAAACCAUGAAGUAUCCUCUUGUUCUGUUCGAACCUUCCUCAUGAGCACAAUUAAGUGUUCUCAAAUUCCCAUUCUCCAAAUCCUAGAGAAGUCCUAUUUUUCAUCUUUUCUUUCCUGUCCUCUUCUCUUUGUCUUCGUUGAAGUGAUUGGAGCAUACUCACAUGAUUAUCAUUGUGUCUGUAUCACAAUCCUACGAAGGAAGGAUGGACUGUAGAGAACCCUUUGCUGAGGCUUUAGGUUUUUCACAGGAGAAAUAGGUGAAGAUUUUGGCAUUUAAUCCAUUGGUAUAAAAUGGGAAAGGAAAAAAUCACUUUUCCUUUCCUUGCUUCAAAGGUGAAUGAGGAAUUGUGUGACAGACUUGGAAGAGGAAUGUAAAGACAGAGAACUCAUUUCCUUUCCUAUUUCCUAAUGUCCCAAUUGGAAUUUAGCUCUUACCUGUUAACUAUAUAGUUUUUUGUUUUGGUAGAGGGGUAAUUUUACAUUAAGCUGGAAAGCAGCAUAUGAAAAGGUUUUUUAAAAAUAUGCUUUGUGCUAGGGGUCUGUCCUAUAUCAGUGUCUCUGGGGUUUUUCUGUGAAAAGUUAGGGGUACAAUAUAGUCGUACUCUUAGUCUGAAUGGAUGAAUUUUUUACAUGGACUUCUGGGUAUCUCUCUUUGUAACCCACAUUUGAUCUUCAGAGCCCUGGCAUUUCAAAGAAUCGUAUGAUAUAUAUAGCUGUUUAGGAAUAUGUCUUCUGGUUUUUCUGUGAGCGGAUUUGAAUUCCAGAGAAAGUCGUUGGUGCUUGGGGUAACAAAACAAGGGAAAAUGUGUUUUAUAAUUGAGAAAACUAUAUUUGGGCUAUGUAGUCUUAUUCGAUUGUCUUCUGCCAAGCCCAGAAGCCAUGCUGUGUUUAUUGUGAAGAAAUCUGAUAAAUCUGCCCAGGUUGUCCAGUAUGCAUUUUGACUUGUUUGUGUUUGGAAAAAAAGAAAAAAAAAAAAAUUUUUUUUUUUUAAUAUGUAACAAUUAACCCGGGUUGCAACAUUGGCAGGGUAGAUCUUCAGCUUCUCCCAGGGAUGACACAGAUACCAGAAAUAUGUCCAGGAAUUUAAUUUAGACUCAUAGUGUCCAAAAGACUGUCUCAAGUAGUAUCUGUAUGCUUACUAGUCAGUUGACUGACUGACACUCUAAUAGUGUUUAGAUGCUGACUGAGUGACAGACUCUAGCAAGAUUAUUGUGUUGACUUACUGACAGAGCGUAGAAGGGUCUGUGUGCAGACUGACAGACUCUUGUCCUGCCUGUUUCUGACAGUCUGCCUGUUUUCUGAUUGUACUGCUGGGUAGUGUAUGCACAUUGUUGUCAUUCUCUGUCUCUAGUCUGUGUGCUACAAAGAAAGGAACUAAACACUCCACAUGUUUGCUUUAGAAGGAAGCAAACACUAUGGAUUUUUAGUAGACAUUUAAAAAGCACUAUGAUUUUUAAUAGACGUUUCUUUUCGAGCAGUGGGCAAAUUCUCAUCAGUUUGUAAAAGAUGAAGGUUGUACUUUCCUUGUGUGGUAUUUUGUGAACUCAGCUGAGGGGAUACCUGUUCGAAGCCUGAAACUGUUACCUCUACUUGAAGCCAUCUCACCUAGUCCCCCACUUCUAGGCAGGACUUCACGUUCACCAUUUGUUUCUGAAACCUUUUAUGUCCUUCAGCUUUCCCUGUUGUGGAAUGGAGCAUCCUAUUGGAUAAUAUGGCCAUUUUUAGUCUGCCAUCCAUUUGGCUUUUACUUCUAAUCUAAUAAAACAAAAUGCAAAGGAAAUUUUGCAUUCAAAAUUCGAUUUUAAGAGUUGGUAAAAGCAUUCGUUCCAAGAGCCUUUUUAUUGGAGGUCUGUGACCAGUAUUUACCUACUCAGUGUGUUUGUAUCUGAAUUGCUUGUGUACAUUUUUUAUUGUGUGCAAAUAACUAGAUUAACUCAUUCUGACAUGGUAAUGGUUUUGCUAUGGCAAAAGCAGAAGACUGUUCACAAGCUGUGCCUUUUGGAGGGGUGAGGGAGUAGGGCUGAGCACCACUAGGUGAGUGGGAAUGGACUGGGUUGGGAAGCCAAGAAAUAGAGGUCUACUGCAAAUUUCCUAGGCACAGCUCUGUUGAAAGAAGGAAAGUAAGUCUUUAACAGCAUUCUGAUUUAAUCUGGUGACAUUGAUAUCAUGACAUGCCACCCAGAUCCACAUAAGGUAUAUAUAACUGUACUUGCAAUGUAUUUUUCUCUCUCUGUGUGUGUAGAAUGGGUAAAUAAAAUUGCUGAGUAACUUAAACCUACAGAAGGCUUCUGGGUUUUUUGUUUUGUAUUUUGGGUUGUGUUGCCCCUGUCAAACACUCCCCCACCCCCAAAAUGUUGCCUUAUGCUGCACAGUGGUUGAGUGGUUGAACUGCAGACAUGCCAAAGCAAGUUCCCAGUGUGAUUGGUGUCCUUGGUGUAGCCAUGGCUCUCCACCACCCCCUUCUGGAGGAGAUAGGAAGAGCAUUAUAGAAGAAGGCACAUGAACCUCAGUAGGGGUUGUUGUAUGUCCCUGUUGGUGCCUUUACAAGAAUUAAGGAAAACAUAUUAUUUAACGGUACUGUGCUAUGACUCUCCUGUAAGUUAUGCUAUCUAUUGAAAUGAAAAACUUUGGAGAUAAUUUAGAAUUCAGUGGGCUGUUUGUCCUAACAAAUGGCCGCCUGUUUCUGAAAGUGAUUAUAGCCAGUGGUGUAAAAUGGCAUUUAACUUCUUCUGGGACAGGGAGUACAGGUGGAGUAGUUUUGUCAUUCUCAGGCCUUAUGGCUCAUUACCCUAAGGUAACAAGGACCAGGAGCUGUAAAAAAUGCAGACGUUCAGGCCCCAUCCCAGACUUGCUAAGUCAGAAUCUUUCUUUUUAAUGAGAUCACUGGGUGAUUUGUAUACACAUUUAACAUUUGAGAGGCACUGCUCUGAGGGGAAGAAUUUACCACACAGAAAAACAUUAAAUCCCAGCUUCUGGGAAGAAGCUGAUUUCUGCUCUGAUGAAUGAUUUCAGAGUGGACUGGGAUAACUAAUGGUAGGGAUGCUGCUCAGAAUCCAAGUAGCUCCUGGCUGCCGUCUCACCCUCUUGACAUGGUCUUGCAGCUGGCUGAGGUAGCCUAUGUGUUCUCCUCUUACCACAGGGAUCCCUUCAGCUUCCACCAUAAUCGUGGGUAUGUAGCUUGUGGUCCAGGUCUGAAAGGAGCACCUAGUCCGGCAUGACCACGAGGUUGGCUUCUCAGGGAAAGGAGCUCAUGGCUAUGCCAUUAGGGUUGGUCUAACUGCCAGAGUAAAGGUACAUGUGCAAGCACACAAGUGUGUCCGUGUAUGUAUGAGGAUGUGGGGUGGGGGAAGCAGCGGGAGGGUGAAGGAGGAGCUCUGCUCUGCUCGUCUUUAUUUAUC